GCCUUGGCAAGGCUCCUAACGCGAAAGCUCUCUGGAGCCUGCCCAGUGAGAGAGACCUAGGCUUCAUUCACCUGACGUCUGUCCCCAAGUACCAGGUAUCCGAGCUUCAUCACCUACAAUACAAUAGGCACCAUACAAUACAAACUGUCAUCUUCUCUACACAUACACAUCCAUCCCUACCAAAUCACAUACUUCACGCAGCCUAUUGUCAACUACAAGGCAAUUUUGACGAGGAUACCGAGUAGCGAACUGAAAGAGCAAACCGCCCGCCAUGGUAAGCAGAACAUGCUGAUCCCAUAGCAAACCGAGAGGCAAACCAAGCAUCAAGACAGGGCUAGCUAACCAACCUCCUCGGCAGUCGAUGCGCAUCGUCCCCGCCGCCCAACACGGCAGUUCAUUCACACACCUGCCGCCCUCGACCUCCGCACCCUCAGCACCGGGCGUCUACGACGUGCUCCGCCAAGGUCUGAACCCAGCCGCCUCGCCCAUCCCCUCGUCCACCUCGACGCCCGCGGCCCCCGUGUCCCGCCACCCCCUCGAGGCCCGCCUGAAGUCGUGGGAGGCGACGCAGGAGACCCUGCGCAUGGAGUCGCUGCGCAAGACCUUCGGCAUGGCGGAGCCCAUCCGCCGCGGCAUGGAGCUCAAGAUCACGCGCGAAGGGUCGUGGCGGCCCGUAUGUCUGGGCGGCGGCGUCGGCAGCACCGGUGUCGGCAGCGCCAGCGUGCACGAGGACAUCCUCACCGGCCGCGACGCCUCGUGCGAUUGGGAGGACGUGUUCACCGGCGAGGAACACCGCGGUGCGGCCAGUGUCCACGAGGAGAUGGAGCGGAAGCUGAAGAUCUGAUGGUGACGGACGAUAAAAAAAACCCACGGACUUUCUCUGGGCUGGAACGAAUUGAAUGAAAAGUGUGAUGUUGGGUGGUGCCUCGUACUAUCGACAAUCGUGUCUCACUGCCUGCUGUAACUGCUGCUCCAGGUAUUUUUCUUUUUUUGCGUGAGAGACUGGGGUUGCGGGAAUGAAGGACGUGCAUCUGGAGAUUCAGAUUCGGGUUCAAAGUGGCGACGGAACUUUUUACUUCGAGUCGAUUUUCUCCCCCCGCUAGAAUCAUUGAGCAAGAAAUGGGCAUAGAAUAGAUGGUCCUUCAGUAUACAGCACAAUUACUGUCGAUCGGGGAAUAGAGAAACCUCAUUUCGCACGACAAGCCAUUACGUCUAUUUAUGUUCACCCCGAAAAUCAACGUUGAUGUGUGUUCAGACAACGUCAUCCCAUCACAUUGUUCAGAUCAAAUAUGCAACUUUGCUAAAAGACUUCUCAUGACCUCUA